AUGUUCGCAAACUCUGCCACUUUGUCCUCUUUGUCCUGUAAAAUCAGCAGAUUUUCCGGCCCCUCAGUCUGUCAGGAGCUGAUGAAAAGGGGGAGAGUCGAAAUUGAAGGGGUGAGCACGGUAAUCCAGCGACUGAGCGUAUUCACUCUCCAGUAUAAACAGUUGUGCAAGGACCUAUGCAGCAGCUACAAGGGAAUACGAACUUUUAACGAGAUUGAAAAGGCUUGGCUCCUUGCCCAAGAGCAUGGUCAGCUGCUCUGGCGCGCUGAACUGCCUUCCUGCCCUGCAGGGCUGCCCAGGGGGGACUAUCUCGUAUAA